AUGGUCAGCCUCAAAGCUCUUGUCCUGGCUCUUGGUGCCCUCUCCUCAGGAGUUGUGGCCCAUGUCGAUCCAGCCCAAUGCUUCUCUCUCAAGGCCAUCGCCUCAGCCGGAUUCCCUGACCCCUCCUCCCUCUCCGCGUCCUGCACGAGCGUCUUCUCCUACACCGUCCCACCUGCCGUGACAACAACCAAGACCACCUCUACAUACGUGGCCAUUACCAAGUACACCACCGCCACACAGACUGCGUAUCACAUUCGUCAAGACACCGUCACCGAACUAACCACCGUCUUCGGCCGCCGCCGCCGCUCCCUCCCCGAACCCGCCCUCGAAGCGCGCCAAUCCCUCGGUGACCUCCCUCUCCCCCUAAUCCAACAACUCUGCGACUGCCUCGAUGUCGCGCACCCCACCACAAGCACCAAGACCGCCACGCUGGUCAUGACCCUCACCGACGUCCGCACCGUGACUGUCACCUCGCGCACCACCAAGGUGGUCACCUCGACUGCCUUGACGACCGUGCAGCGGACGACGACGAUUCCACGCGUGACGGUCACGGGGAGCACGCCGACGCAGACGCCGGGGGUGGGAUCUGGGCAAUGGAGCAGUCAGACGAAAAGCGAGUUUUGUGGAGGUGGUCAAGGCGGUGCGAAGAAGGCGAGGGAGCGGAUCCGUACCGAUAUGGAUAUCACGAUUAGGCGCGGCAGCGUGGCGGGCGGAAGAAGUACGAAGUUACAAGGUGUUGAGGGCGACUAA